UAAAUAAAAUAAAAUAAAUAUCUCCCUCUGCUCAUUUUCUUUCACGAAGACUUGCAGCAGUCGAAGGCGCUCUUGCUCUGGUUCUCGGAAGCGAUUGAAACGAUGUCGGUAAAAACUGUUAGAGUUAGCAAUGUUUCUUUAGGAGCAUCUGAGCGAGACAUCAGGGAGUUCUUUUCUUUUUCUGGUGAUAUCGAAUAUGUUGAAAUGCAGAGUGAUAAUGAACGGUCUCAAAUUGCAUAUGUUAGCUUCAAGGAUUCACAAGGAGCUGAGACUGCAGUUCUUCUUUCGGGAGCAACAAUAGUUGAUCUGUCCGUCACCAUAACUCUGGACCCAGAUUACAAGCUGCCAUUUGUUGCUUCAGCACCCCCUGCAAUAGAAAACAAAACUCCAGGUGGUGCUGAAUCUGCUUUUAGGAAGGCGGAGGAUGUGGUUAGCAGUAUGCUUGCUAAGGGCUUUAUCUUAGGCAAAGAUGCAGUCAAUAAAGCAAAGACCUUUGAUGAUAAGCACCGGUUAUCAUCAACGGCCACAGCUAAAGUUGCUUCUAUCGACCAAAAAAUCGGGCUCAGUGAGAAAAUAAGCGUCGGAGCUUCUGUGGUCAGUGAUAAAGUACGAGAAGUGGAUCAGAAAUUUCAGGUUUCAGAGAAAACCAAAUCAGCAUUUGCAGUAGCAGAGCAAAAAGUGAGUACUGCCGGAUCUGCCAUAAUGAAGAACCGCUAUAUAUUAACCGGGACUUCAUGGGUGACGGGGGCUUUCAGCAAGGUUGCUAAGGCCGCUGAGGAAGUUGGACAGAAAACAAAAGAGAAAGUGGGUAUGGUUGAAGAAGAACAGAAAAGAAAAGUGGAGGAUGACUACGCUCAGGUCCUUUCCGACUCUCCAAGAGCAUCUGCACCAAGUGAGCAGCAACCUUCUAAGCCAGCACCUGCCCAAGGUUUAAUCCUUUGACUUGCCACCACUGUAAAUACAAUUGUCUGAACUUUCUAGAAUCUCCCUCUGGAUUACUUGCUUUGUGUUUCUAGCGUGGGAAGUAGUGGUUGUAGGACAAAUACCCAAAUUGGUUGGUCAUGAUGCAUUUUAUAUUUUGAUUUUUCUUUAUAAGAAUGUUAAACUGAAUGAUCAUGAUGUUAUUUUGACCAUUUUUCCUCUUUUACUGUCCGAUUAUUUUUCA